CUCCGUCUCUUUGCUCCCGCACACAGCGCUCUCCUCCUCUCCCCCUUCUUCCCUCUCCUAUCGUCUCCCUCUGUCCCUCCCUCUUUCCUUCUCAGUUUGUUAUUGACCCAGCAGCCUGGUCCCCUUGGCAGCUGCGGCGGCAGGCAUUCCUUCUCCCCCGUGCUUUGUGCUGCGCUCCAGGUCCCUGCUCCUGGCGGACUGGGGACUCAGUGCCUACUGCGCUCCGCUUGACAGGGCUGUCUGGAUUUCUCCAGGAACCCCAGGAGGGUCUCCCUGGACGGAUGGUUUAGAGCUACUUGAUUUAAGGAGCUUGCGGUCAGGGUGAAGAAAGCUGCUGCAGCAUGAACUCCCUGAGCUGAUGAGUCUUAUUAUAGACCAGCGGGCGGAAGACAGAGCACUGCACCUCACCUCUCAGGCGAAGGUGGAGGGGAAGCGGGAGGCCAGCCCGGUGGCGGGAGCAGGGCCUGGGCCUCACGCCUGACACAGCAGCAGACUCUGCCUCCUCGGGGGCCAUGGACUGACAGGUAGCGCGCACUGAGGGGCUCUUCUCUCCCCGGAGGUAUAGAGCUGUGAGAGCCGUGGCGUUCACCAUGCUGGCCCGGGGCGCUGGCCCUGAGCAGAGGACCAGGCCUGCCCUGCCAUGGAGGCAGAUCUCCUGGUUCACCUGCUGGAUCACGCUGUAUGCUGUGGACGCCCUCCCUGCCUGCCCCUUCUCCUGCAAGUGUGACAGCCGCAGUCUGGAGGUGGACUGUAGUGGCCUAGGCCUCACCAUGGUGCCCCCAGACUUGCCUGCGGCCACCCGAACCCUCUUACUCUUGAACAAUAAGCUGAGUGCCCUGCCAAGCUGGGCAUUCGCCAAUCUGUCCAGUCUGCAGCGGCUGGACCUAUCCAACAACUUCCUGGACCAGCUGCCCCGGUCCAUUUUUGGGGACCUGACGAAUCUCACGGAGCUGCAGCUGCGCAACAACAGCAUCAGGACCCUGGACAGGGACCUGCUGCAGCACUCGCCCCUGCUCCGCCACCUGGACCUGUCCAUCAAUGGGCUGGCGCAGCUGCCCCCUGGCCUUUUUGAUGGACUCCCCGCUCUGCGCUCCCUGUCACUUCGCUCCAACCGUCUGCAGAACCUGGACCGGCUGACGUUUGAACCCCUCGCAAGUCUGCAGCUGCUGCAGAUUGGGGACAACCCCUGGGAGUGUGACUGUAACCUGCGUGAUUUCAAGCACUGGAUGGAGUGGUUCUCCUACCGAGGGGGGCGCCUGGACCAGCUGGCCUGCACCCUACCCAAGGAGCUGAGGGGGAAGGACAUGCGCGCCGUCCCCAUGGAGAUGUUCAACUACUGCUCCCAGUUGGAGGACGAGAAUAGCUCGGCUGGGCUGGGUAUUCCGGGGCCGCCCUGCACCAAGGCCAGCCCUGAACCUGCUAAGCCCAAGCCAGGGGCUGAGCCGGAGCCUGAGCCUAGCACAGCCUGCCCCCAGAAGCAGCGGUAUCGGCCGGUGAGCGUGAGGCGGGCCAUCGGCACCGUGAUCAUCGCGGGGGUAGUCUGUGGCAUCGUCUGCAUCAUGAUGGUGGUGGCUGCUGCCUACGGCUGCAUCUAUGCCUCCCUCAUGGCCAAGUACCACCGGGAGCUCAAGAAGCGGCAGCCCCUCAUGGGGGACCCGGAGGGUGAGCACGAAGACCAGAAGCAGAUCUCUUCUGUGGCAUGAGAGCCCCGCCCCACUGGCCUAGGGACACCAGCCCAGAGGCCUUGACGCUGCAGCAUGUGUGGAUGGCAGCCUCCAGAGAGCCCAGGCCCAUCCCACUGGGCGUUUCUUCAGCGCUGUCUAAGGACAUCAUCACUGCCAGGCCCCAUGGGGAUACCCACCAAUUCCACUCCUAUAGCCUGCAGCCCAAGAACCAUUGCUCUGUACCCCUCACCCCUCCAUCUUCAGCAGAUCCGGGCCUGGGACCUCGGGGUGGGGACUGGGUCACGACUGGUGGCAUCUUGGGAAUGCAGACGGCCUUAGCAUAAGCUCGCUGCCAGGGCAGACCCCCAGCAGGCCCCAGGGGCAGGGAGAGGGCUGCAGGUUCUGCCCAGAGGCUGCAGGGGUGGGGUUCCUUCCCCAGGGUUUUGUGUGCUCAGUCUGGCUUCCUGGAGUCUUUAAUUGCACCUGGGCUGGGCUCCAGACCAGAGCAUGGGCUGGGGUCCUGUUUGUUACCUGCAGCCUACACCGAAGGGGCGGUAGGGGAGGAGAUGGCUGUGCUGCUGUGCGGGACUUUGUGGGGCACGAGUGCCCUUGUGUAGGUUGGCCCUCUCCCUGUGAGUCUGAUCACAGGUGAGGACUAGGUCUCCCCCUGCUGGACACCCGUUUUCCCACGGCUUACUGAGAGUGGGGAGGCAUCAGGCUGCUUUCAGGCUCUAAGAGGGGGUCUUGCUGGUGGCCCCGGAAGAGGACUCCAGAACAUGGAGGCCAAGAGUCUGAGGAGGGACAGGGCAGGACAGGGCAGGCCCACCUUGCCUUGCACGCCGCUCCCCCAUCCUUUCACCUUAUAGAGGAUCGUGGUAUGUGUGGGGGGCUGGGGGAGGGGCAGGGAAUGCCUUUGAACAUUGUGGGGGCGGAGCUCAGUGCAGGUGGCCUCCCUGGAGCUGGGGGCAUAGUCUUCCUUCUUUUGGCUUUCCAGCUGAUACCAGAUCUAGGAAUUUUCUAAAGGAAAAGGUGGGGAGGGGUGGGUAUUGUCAACAGUGGUAUCUUCGGCCUGAGAUAGAAGAUUUUUAAAGGCAAAAUUAUAUUUCUGGUUCGUUGUUUCAGAAGAACAAUAAAGACUGUAUUUUCCUAUGUA